AAUCACCUUCCAGCUCUCACUAUAAAUACGCGGGCGGUCUGUGUCCUAGAAAUUGAAGCGGUCCUGAUCUCGCAGCCAUGGCUCGUACUAAGCAGACUGCGCGUAAAUCUACCGGUGGCAAAGCUCCACGCAAGCAGCUAGCUACGAAGGCGGCCCGCAAGAGCGCGCCGGCCACCGGCGGGGUGAAGAAGCCGCACCGCUACCGUCCGGGGACCGUGGCGCUGCGCGAGAUUCGCCGCUACCAGAAGUCAACCGAGCUGCUGAUCCGCAAGCUGCCAUUCCAGCGCCUGGUGCGCGAGAUCGCCCAAGAUUUCAAGACCGACCUGCGCUUCCAGAGCUCGGCGGUGAUGGCGCUGCAGGAGGCGAGCGAAGCCUACCUGGUGGGGCUGUUCGAGGACACCAAUCUGUGUGCCAUCCACGCCAAGCGUGUCACCAUCAUGCCUAAGGACAUCCAGCUAGCGCGCCGCAUCCGCGGGGAGCGGGCCUGAGCCCGGGACGCCUCCACUCUCCCACCCAAAGGCUCUUUUCAGAGCCACCCACAAACACCCUGAAGAUCUGUAAUCUGGAUUCAACUUUCUUAGGUGGCGGACCAAGUCUGUAGGCAUUUUACUCGUUGAGACGGUGGGAUAUAAUUGCUCCAAUUUUAACUCCUUAUCACAAUAUUGAGCUUUACAAGAAUCGGACUGUACUCACCUGUGGUUUGUACGGUGCUGCCAGUUUGUUUUUCUACUGCAAAAAUAAUGGCUCCUAAAUGUUGCUUUUAAGUUUCACGUUCCUGUUUGUAGUUCGUGGUGCCUGAAGCGGUUAAAAAGAAUACUACCCAUUUCUGGAGCUAUAUUUAGUUUUGAUCUCUUGUUCACAAGUUGGUCUGCUAAAGUCAAAAUUUGUGGCAAGAAUUGGGUAUCUGCCAUUUGAAAAAGAACUAGCCAUCUGGGUUACCUACAAGCCCUCUGAAAUUGUGUGGGAGACGAUCUGGAGCCAUCCCGGGUGAAUAGAGUUUGGCUGUCUUGCAGGAUGUGCGCACACCUGCAAUCCCAGCAUUCUGGCGGCCAAGGAAGGAGGAUU